AUGUUGGGAUAUCGCUAUCGACCCCGUCUGCCCGGCGGCGAGUUGGCCCCGAUGCCCUGGCCGGUGUCCUUGUACAGGACGCUCAACCACAUCGCCUGGCCGCUGGAGGCGAACUCGAGUGGCUGGAUUGUUUUCCUGGACCGUCUGUUCAUCUUCCUCGGCUUCCUGGUCUUCUGCGAGCACAACGAGGUGGACUUCCACUACCUGGUGGCCAACCGACGGGACAUGGACAACCUGCUGACGGGCAUGCCCACGUACCUGAUCCUGGUGGAGAUGCAGAUCCGCUGCUACCAGCUGGCCUGGCACAAGGACCGCUUCCGGCUGCUGUUGGAGCGCUUCUACGCCGAGAUCUAUGUGCGCCAGGAGGCGGAGCCGCACCUGUUCGCUGGGAUCCAGAGCCAGAUGCUGCCCACGCGACUCAACUCGACCGUCUAUCUGCUGGCGCUGUUCAACUUCUUCGUGGUCCCGGUGACGAACGUCAUCUACCACCGCCGGGAGAUGCUCUACAAGCAGGUGUACCCCUUCGACAACACCCAGCUGCGCUACUUCGUUCCGCUGCUGGGGCUCAACUUCUGGGUGGGCUUCGUCAUCACCAGCAUGCUCUUCGGCGAACUGAAUGUGCUGGGCGAGCUGAUGAUACACCUCAACGCCCGCUACGUCCAGUUGGGCCAGGACCUCCGUCGCUCCGCCCGCGGCCUUUUGGAGAGGCGCACCACCGAGCAGGUGGCCUCCAGCUAUCGCCGCGCCCUGACCCACAUCCUGCGCAGAAACGCGGCCCUCAGGGACUUCGUCCAGCGGAUGGAGGAGGAGUUCAGCCUGCGCAUCUUCGUCAUGUUCGCCUUCAGCGCCGGUCUGCUCUGCGCCCUCUUCUUCAAGGCCUUCACGAACCCCUGGGGUAACGUGGCCUACAUCGUGUGGUUCCUGGCCAAGUUUAUGGAGUUGCUGGCCCUCGGCAUGCUCGGCUCUAUUCUCCUCAAAACGACAGAUGAACUGGGCAUGAUGUACUACACCGCCGAUUGGGAGCAGAUAGUUCACCAGUCGGAAAAUGCCGGCGAGAAUGUGAAGCUGAUGCGACUGCUGACCCUGGCCAUCGAACUCAACUCGAGGCCCUUCUUCAUCACCGGACUGAAUUAUUUCCGGGUCAGUCUGACUGCGGUGCUGAAAAUCAUCCAGGGCGCCUUCUCCUACUUCACGUUUCUUAACUCGAUGCGAUGA